AAAGAAGGACCGCGGCGCGCUUUCUUGGCAGGGAUCCUCCGAGUCCUCCGCACCAGUCCUCACUGCCCUUCUCAGGUCUCAUCUCCUUUCUCGCUAUUGAACGCGCUGUCUUCGCGGUGAGGAUGCUUCUCUGAAAGCAGACCUCCAUUAUGAAGAUCCAGCCGCCUCGACCAUGGAUCACUGGGGCGACCCUUGGGCAGACGAUGCCGACGAGAAGACGCCGCCGAAGCAGGAGGUCACGACGCCCCCGCCGCCCACUCUAGCGCCUGCACCGGUGAUAUUGAACGGUUUUCUGGAUGAUGCGCAGUGGGGAAGCAUUGAAGAUGAGGGAUUUGGAGCAUGGGCGCGUUCCCCUAGGAAGCCGGGUUCUGGAAACGUAGCACAUUCGGAGACGCGCGGCGAUGCAUUCGCGAGCUCAGCAACUUGGGAUCGCGUUCCGGACGUGGCGCAAGAUGUUUCUGAGGAGCAUGGAGGAAGAGAGCCGGAUCGAGGGAGCAAUGAGUGGAGUGCUGUUGACACGAGCCCGGAGACGCAUAGGGAGCAAGACAAUGUAGUCUCAGAGACGUCCGAUUCAGGGACUACGAUACAACCCGAUGAUGCACCUGCGCGAUCAGCGACCGACUUCGCCGAUUCCUUGCACCCGGACGAUGACCAUUCCACGCGACCGUCUACGUCUCCUUCCGACAUCAGCCAUAACGAGACAACUACCGAGUCUCCGCGAACUUCCUUCGAAGACGAGCGAGCAGCCGAGAAGGCUCGGACGAUAGAUGAGGCUUCCAUAAAAGAGGGGGAGGUCAAGGCGGUGGAAGAAGGUGAAGAGCCGGUCGUAGAGCCUUCGCCAGCUGCAAGCGAAGAAGCGGACGACGAAUUCGGGGACUUCGAGGAGGAUGGAGUACAAGGACCGGCUGCAUCGCAGCUUCAGGUUGAAUCCAUACAGCAACCCCUAGCAUCUCCUCGCUGGGGCCCCGAGGAGGACCCUGCAAGCGGUAUUUCAGACAGCGAACCCAAACAGAAGUGGAUCGCUUCCGUUCCGCCUCCCGUCAGCGGCGGAUACUCGCUUGACCUAGAGCUACUGGCUCAGCUAUUUCCGCCUGCAAAGCAACGGAAAGAGUUUGAAGAUGCUCCGCAUGAUCCAGUCCACUCCACAUCGGCUCGGAAAGCCUGGUACCGCCUCACACGGAGACAGACAAUGCGAGAAUUCAACAGCGGGAACGAUGACGACAACUACAUUCGGGUGACAUGGAAGACCUCUAAUAUAAGGUCAGAAGUGAACAAGGUAGUGUCUAGAUGGGCGAACGAGGAUAGGAUCGCAGGACGAGGACCAGGCGCAAGGGCGUCCUUCUACUGGGAUUCUCCCGCACCUGUGGACCCUAGAGCACCGAACGCACACCUCCGGAAGAAGUCGUCGAUCGCUGUGUCGAAGUCUAUCCGGUCGGCGAAGCAGAAUCUGCAGCCGCUAUCGACUGAUGUCCCCGCCGCGUUCAACUGGAGCUCUCCUUCGGCAGCGAACCUCCCCUCUCCACGCGAUACGCCUGGCUUGCGGUCUACCUCGUCACCCUUGACAGGCAAGCAUAGCGCUAUCUCAAAGCUACAAAGACAAGAAGGCCGAGCUGUGUCUGUCGACCUUACUCCGCGGCCCAGGGCCUCAGCAACCCACAAGAGAACAGCAACAAGCACCGACUUUCUGACCGAGCUUACAUCAACACUCUCGCCUCCCGCUUCGGAGCCAAUUAAGCCAGCAGGACAUGUAGACCCAUGGGCACAGCUAGGCACCUUAGACACUAAUCCAUCUUCGAAACCCGAACCCGCAAACGCAGUAGACGAUGAUGACGACUGGGGUGAGAUGGUGGAAUCCCCCGCCGUCUCCACUGUGCAGACUCCCAUAGCCACCCUCUCAGAACCAUCAACGCGUGCCAACACGCUUUCGACGCCGUCCACGACACCAAAAUCAGUGAGGUCCUCUCCGUUGCAGCCUCUUCCCCUUCCGAGCGGGUCUAAGCAUGCGUCCCCUAUCGUCCGCCUCAAAGGCACCGUGUCUCCGACCUCAGCCCUCUUCAAAGCGAACGCAUUUGUACCGGCCAGUAUAGAGGAAGGCCCUAUAGGCCCGGGAAUUUUGAAGGCAAGGAACAAGUCUACAGAGUCAACGCCAGAGAAGCCACGAGCUCAACCUCAGCCCACCAUGGGAAUCGAAGAGGUUUUGCAAGCGGAGCAUUCAAAUCCUGCGGCGCAGAUCAAAAGCCCACCAGAGUCGCCAAUCACGCAGACAUCAGCUCCACUAGCAACAGGUGCCACCGAAGACGACGCGUUCUCCGCUUUCGAAACCUCCUUACCUCCUCCAGCACCCAUCGAACCCUCAACACUAGCACCCGCACCACCAUCAUCACCACCACCGCCUCCCGCACCCACCGAUGCGCCGCUAUUCACUUGCCCACCAGAACCCGACUUCUCCAUCUUCGAAUCCUCUCUCCCUACCACGACCACACCAGCGCCUUCACCUCAACGUCAAACCGACCCCUCAGACCCGUGGUCUAUUUUCGAAAGCACUAAUCCUCCUUCCGCUCUGCCGGCCGAGCCCGAACCAGCACCCUUCGCGCGCGCGCCGCCCCGGCCCAUGACGCCACCAGCGAAGCAGCCGCUAACAAGUGCGACAAGCUCCGCGCAGAGGAGAAAAGCGGAGGAAGAUGAGAUUAUACGGGCGAUUGUGGAGGCGUUGCCGGAUUUGGGAUAUAUGCUGCGGAGGUGAGGGUGCGCUUUGCAUAGCAGCAGACUUGUACAUGGUACAUUGGUUAUGAAGGAAUUGUUGCAUUGAUGUAUGGCGUUCUUCGAGUUGAGGAUAUUCAUGGCGCCUGGUAUGCUACGCUAUACAUGUUGCGCAGCUUCGGCGCUUUCAAUGAUCUAUUUUCAUGAGUUCAGUCCUCCUAAUUAUAUCCCUACUACAGCGCUGUCGCCAUUGCCUGGGUCGCGCUCGUGAAAAAAGAUAAUAUUCUAACAUUGGA